UCAAACGCCCUGGACCUGGAGUUACAGACAGCUGUAAGCCACUGUUGUGGUCUGAGGCUCCGAAUCAAUCCGAGCAGACACAAGAGGUUACUGUGAGGCGAGAUUUAAUGCAGGGCAGCACAGAAGAAGCGGGGAAGGGAAGGGUCAGAUCGAUCAGGGCUGCAGAACAGACUAGGAGCUGAGCUGCAGCCCGAAUGCCAGCACAAAAAUCACAAACAUUUGUUGCCAAGUUACAGUUACAAUUUUCACCAAUCAGGAUUUGGAGAUUAGGGACUUCCUUGAAUGUUCUGUCAUUGUCAACUGACACACAAUGCAAGUCUUUCAGUCCAACCAAUCAGAUUCAUUUGUUCCUUGUGUUGUUAGGAACAGCCAUGAUGUUUCUAGAGAACUCAAGAUGCAUAACGACUAUUUCUAUGGUUUAAGGAGGAGUAGGUUAGCCAUUGGAAGGUUCUCAGCUCCCCUAGGGCUUGGAAACCUGAACUUUGUUUCACCCUACAGGUAAAAUGGAGUCUGAAAUCAAAUUGGCAGUACUCAGGACAAGGUGUUUUUUUUGCCUGUUCCCAACACUACCACCUGGGAAUUGAACCUGGGUCCUUUAGAAGAGCAGCCAGUGCUUUUUAACUGCUGAGUCAUCUCUCCAGUCCCAUAAAAGUAAUUUUAAACAAACCCACAUUUUGGAAUAUAUCUUAAAGAAAUAUUCUCUCCACUUAAUAUCCUAAAGAGUAAGUUAUGCAAAGAUAUUAAAGCAGUAUUACUCAUAACAUAAAAGGAACUGGAAAUUUUUUUUUUUUUUUUGAGACAGUGUCGUAUUAUGUAGCCUUGGCUGGCCUGGAGCUCUCUGUGUAGACUAGGCUGGCCUUGCACUCACAAAGGUGUGCCUGCCUCUGCCUCUCAAGUUCUGGGAUUAAAAGCAUGUGCCACCAUGGCCAGCUGAAAAAUGUAUUUUCUUAAAGCUUUAUGUUAGACUGCUACAUAUUGUACUAUGGAGUACAUAGGCAUUACUAAUUUUCUCUGGGUGUGUGUGGUGGUACAUGCUUUUAAUCCUAGCACUCCAGAAGAGUUAAAGACCAGCCUGGUCUAUAUAGCAUGGUCCCGAACAGCAAGGGCUACACAGUGAGACCAGCUUAAAGAAGAAAAAAAGCCCCUGAAUUAUGUUGAUGGAAAGAUGUUCUUGAAAUAACGUCAACUAUAAAAUAUUUGUUUUGUACAGACACACAUUUGUAUCAUUGUGGGAGUCCAGCUCCCACCUUUCAAAGGGUUCUUAGGUGGAGGAGAGAGGGAUAAGAAAAUACCAGAUAGAAAGAGAGACCUAGAUGACAAGACAACAAGAAAGACAGAAACACAGGAUAGCUUCAGGAGGGCCUGGGUCAAUACCCAACAGCCUUGUCCUAUAUUGAAAAGGGCUUUUUAUAAUAUGUCAAGGGAAGAGGCAAAGAUCAAAGCACACCGUAUAGCAAAGUGUAGACCUUUCCAAACACCUGGUAACCACGCCCGUGGUCAAAUCAUUUCAUUAUGCAGCCCUGCUGGUAAAGCAAGCUCAGACUCUCUGACCUUGAGCAAGGCCUUAACAGAGAGCCUCUGUGGGCCCCCACAUAUCAUUUUAUUGCUUUAUAAAUGUUUCAUAUUCUGUCUUUGUCUUAGUCAACUUUCUGUUGCUGUGAAGAGACACCAUGACCACCACUCUUAUAAAGGAAAGCAUUUAAUUGGUGGUCAACUACAGUUCAGAGGUUUAGUCCAUUAUCAGUAUUGUGGGAAACAAGGCACACGCAAGCAGACGUGGUGCUGGAGAGGGAGCUGAGAGUUCUACAUCUAGCAGGUAGCAGGAAGAGAGAGACUACUGGACUGGCUUGGGCUUUUGAAAGCUCACAGCCCAACCUAGUGACACACUUCCUGUGAUUAGGCCACACCUAUUCCAACAAGGCCACACCUCCUAAUAGUGCCACUCCCUGGUGACCAAGUAUUCAAAUAUAUGAGCCUAUGGGGGCCAUUCUUAUUCAAACCACCACAGUCUUUAAACAAAAUUUAAUUCAAACAGUUUAUACACAUAUGCACAUAUAUAUCUUGAAAUAUAUAAAUAUGCAUUCACAAAUAAAUUUUAAGUAGUAUCGACUGAUUUUUAUGUUUAUUGAAUUAUUUAAUUUCAAAAAAAGCAGAAUUUCAUACAAAGGUCAUUUAUCAAUAAGCAUUAUUCACACAGACUCUGUACUGUCAAAAUGGUAUCUGCUGAGAAAGGGCCAAGUGAGUGUCUUUAGUGUAGAAAGUCACAGAGCCUUUAACCCACUAAUGUGCACGAUGGCUCUCUAGAGUGAUGAUCCUACCUAUUAUAUGCCCAAAGUCUACUGUUUUUAUCAUGCUUUACACUUACUUCACACAUGGAGGACUGGUGUACAUUUAUCUUCUCCCACCAAACAACAGUUGGCAGACAGUCUGUCUUCUGCAUUGUUCAAGGGUGCCCGCCAUCCAGGACACACGGCAGGAACUCAGCAAACAUGUUCUUAGUGAAUGAGUUUCCAGAGAGCUCCAGGUGCUUAAAGCUUCCUUAGGCAUUAUCAUUUCAAAGUUAUUCAAUUGUAUAAUAACUUCAAAGCAGAAAUUAUGUUAACACCUCUGGGCCACUAGAGAUUUGCUUAAUGAAUUAUUGCUGUGCUUCAGUAGGGAUGAGUUACUUCAGGGAACUGGGGAUGUUUCUCAGUGAGUGCCUCAUGACCUGGAAAAGGCUUGCGAAAUUAGCUUUACAUACUUUGAAACUGUAACCAGAACACACUGGUAAAAAUGACCACUGGCUCAUGAAAUGGACCAGACGGGAGCUGUGCUCUGUAGCUGCAAUGGCCAUCUUUGGAGUACAUUUGGCAACUCGGCAUUUUCCACCCACCGAGGAUGUUUGCUUAUUUUAAUAGUUCAAGUAUGAAAAACAGAUAUUCCUUCUGGAAACUGCACGUUGUUGACUCAUUCAUUCACUGGGAGGUAAAUGAUCUCACAUAUUACUUCAUUUUUUUACAUAAGCAGAGCCCAUGUGUAAACAGCUUUUAAAAAUAUUGUAAAUGUGUAGUUUACCUAUGUUUUCUAUGAUAACUUAUGGUUUAUACUACUAAGAAAAAAUCGGACUAACCUUUGCUAGACAUUAUAUAAUGCUUUUGUUUAUGUGACAGAAAAGCUAUAUCUUCUCAUCAAAUCCUAAAGACACAACAAUUUUUCCCAAUGGUACCCCAGAAGUGUUAGAAAUAAAUACCCUGCUGUUUUCAUAUUUGACAGUAGUUGAAGUGAAAUAACACUGAUAUAAAACAUAAGGAUUUUUUUCCCAGUUACCAAAAUGGAAAGUAUUUUACCAGCUGUCGAUGCCUCCACACCCUGACACUUCACUAAGAGCUGAGUUUAUGCCUAAACUCUAAACCUUAACCCUGUUUGGGGGUGGGGAAGAAACAGUUUUCACGAGGAUCAAACAAAGGAUGUGUUUCCUAAGUCGUUCUUGCAGAGGUUAAUCUGUGUAUGGUUUUCAAAGGGGAAAGUGCAGUGCCCCGGGAUCGAUCCAAGACCCUCUUCUGGUUUCGUUCUGUUUUGCCUAGUUAAUAAACCACCAAGGAAGAUAAUUUUUAAACCUAAUUUGCCGAAAUGAGAAGCAACUAACCUCUGGGGGAGAAAAAAAAAAGCCCCAAUUUGAGAAUUUUUGAUAAAUUCACUUUAUAUUAAAAAAUAAAUAUCUGCACUAAUACUUUUGACCGAAAGGGUAAAAGAAACCUACCUACUUGGUAACCAAAAGGAUGGGGAAAAAAUUACAGACAGCCAGAACCCAAGGUGCCCUUACACAGCUCAGCGAACCCUGGAUGCUCCAAGGCCACUGCAGAGUCUGGAAGUAAGCAGCUCUCCGCAGGCACGCAGGUCUCCUGACUCGCGGCUUUAACCUUCCAGUCCCCACCGAGCUGGGCGCGCACGGGCGACAGUGAAGGUCAGGGUCCACAGACGAAUCCCCGCAGGCCACCGCUGCGAACGAACGGCCUCCCGUCGCGGGGAGUUUUAAAACGCGGUUCCUGAAAGGGCAUUUCUGAUCCUUCUCUUUCAAGGACAUAAUCGAGCCCGAAGAAAAAGCGCAGUUUCUUCGAGUUGCUGAUUCCCUGGAUGGUCCAGGAAUGUGAGGCUGGCUUUGUACUACCUGGCUGCCUAGGACUGUCUGAGAGCAUAAUUACACUUCCUAACCUGAAAGGCCUGAAGUGAGACGGGUAAUAGAUGUAAAGUCGGACAUUCCUGGAGAUCUUAGAAGCACUUCUACCAUGGAAUCCAUCUCUAUGAUGGGAAGCCCCAAGAGCCUGGAGACUUUUUUGCCUAACGGCAUAAAUGGUAUCAAAGAUGCAAGGAAAGUCACUGUGGGCGUGAUAGGAAGUGGGGAUUUUGCCAAGUCUCUGAGCAUUCGGCUUAUUAGAUGUGGCUAUCAUGUGGUCAUAGGAAGCAGAAAUCCCAAGUUUGCAUCUGAAUUUUUUCCUCAUGUGGUAGAUGUCACCCACCAUGAAGAUGCUUUAACAAAAACAAAUAUAAUAUUCGUGGCUAUCCAUAGAGAACAUUACACCUCCCUGUGGGACCUGAGACAUCUGCUUGUGGGCAAAAUCCUGAUUGAUGUGAGCAACAACAUGAAGGUAAACCAGUACCCAGAAUCCAACGCAGAGUAUCUGGCUUCGCUAUUCCCGGAUUCCUUGAUUGUCAAAGGAUUUAACGUUAUCUCAGCUUGGGCACUUCAGUUAGGCCCCAAGGAUGCCAGCCGCCAGGUUUAUAUAUGCAGCAACAAUAUCCAAGCUCGACAACAGGUUAUUGAGCUUGCCCGUCAGUUGAAUUUUAUUCCUGUGGACGUGGGAUCCUUAUCGUCAGCCAAGGAGAUUGAAAAUUUACCCCUGCGACUGUUCACUCUCUGGCGGGGGCCAGUGGUAGGAGCCAUCAGCUUGGCCACAUUUUUCUUCCUUUAUUCCUUUGUCAGAGAUGUGAUACAUCCAUAUGCCAGAAACCAGCAGAGUGACUUUUACAAGAUUCCUAUUGAGAUUGUGAACAAAACCUUGCCUAUAGUGGCCAUUACUCUGCUCUCCCUGGUGUACCUGGCGGGCCUCCUGGCGGCGGCGUAUCAGCUUCAUUAUGGCACCAAGUACCGCAGAUUUCCACCUUGGCUGGACACCUGGUUACAGUGCAGGAAACAGCUGGGCCUGUUGAGCUUUUUCUUUGCUGUGGUCCAUGUUGCCUACAGCCUCUGCUUACCGAUGAGGAGGUCAGAAAGAUACUUGUUUCUCAACAUGGCUUAUCAACAGGUUCACGCAAAUAUUGAAAAUGCUUGGAAUGAGGAAGAGGUUUGGAGAAUCGAAAUGUACAUCUCCUUUGGCAUCAUGAGCCUGGGCCUACUGUCCCUCCUGGCAGUCACUUCGAUCCCUUCGGUGAGCAAUGCUCUAAACUGGAGGGAAUUCAGUUUUAUUCAGUCCACGCUCGGCUACGUGGCUCUGCUCAUCAGCACUUUCCACGUGUUAAUUUACGGAUGGAAACGCGCUUUCGCAGAAGAGUACUACCGCUUUUACACACCACCAAACUUCGUCCUUGCACUUGUCCUGCCCUCGAUUGUCAUUCUGGGUAAGACGAUCUUACUCCUCCCAUGCAUAAGCCGAAAGCUCAAAAGAAUUAAAAAGGGCUGGGAAAAGAGCCAGUUUCUAGAGGAAGGCCUGGGAGGAACAGUCCCGCAUCUGUCCCCAGAGAGGGUCACGGUGAUGUGACGAGAAGAGAUGCUCACUGGUGCCAUAUACACUUCUCUCAUGCCAUCGCUUCACGACUCCCUCCACGCUCCCAGUAAGUGGACUGUCAAUUUGCUGUAGUGUGAAACCUGGCAGUGACAUCUCAGCUGAAAUAGUGAUAGGGUUUUCUUCAAGUUCAUUUUUAUAAAUGUCAUAUUUUGCCAACAUGAGAUUUUGUAGCCCACGUGUAUUGUUACAAUCUAGGAAUAUUUUCUUUUGUGCAACUGUAACAGUAUUGCUAUUUUAACUAUAUUACAUAAUCAGGCAGAAAUAUUUGUAGUUGAUAAUAUAGAAUGUUUGGAACACUUGGCAAACUGGCAGGAUUUGAAGCUUUUAAUGUUACUCAGUGGAUAUACUUUUUCUUUGAGGCUAAAGAUUUUAAUUAUUACCCAGUUUAAGAAACAGAAGUGCAUAAUUAUAUAUUAUUGAGGAGGGCCAUAAUGUAUUAGCAUCUAGGGUGCACAGGAGCAAUCUUAAACCUUCAUAAAAUGGACUGGAAAAAUAGCAUUAAUUAUACAAAGCAGUGUGAGUGUAUGAGCACACACAAAUUACAGACGAACCUAAAAUCGUAUUUAAAAUGCACUGGAGAUAUGAAAUGAAUACUGCUAACGCACAACUCCUGAGAGCUUUAUUUUCUUAUGUUACAGAGCAGUUUCAUUUUCACGUUCAUGUCAGUCAGGGAAAGGACUCCAUGACUAGGCCGCUCCCAGGAUUGUGGAACUGUCCGUCAUUGCUGUGAAAGUAUCAGGUCUGCCCAUGGUCCCCGUCAGGUCCUAUUGGUUAUUUUGGCCAGCCACUGCUCUUCCUGAGUGGGACUUUACUGAUGUCCACUGAGGGACUGUGGCAUGGCUCUCAACACUUGUCCCCUUUAAUAUUUACAACAGACCCAUAAAAUAGUUGUCUUCAUUUUACAUAUGGGGAAACUGGAGGAUAGAAAAGCUAAAUUUGCUUAAGGUCACACGGUGAAUAGGUAGCAGGGUGAGCAGUCAUGGCCAGGUAGUCAUCCUUCAGAAGCCGUCGUUUUAUGAAACAUCAGGAUAUACCACCCCUGCCCCAUCUCCAGGCACUACAUUCAUGAUGUCAGUCUGGAUGUUUUCUCUCUUGUAUAGCCAUUGGCAGUCUUUAGAGUAUGUUUUGUGCAUCAAAGGAUGUAUAGAAGUAUCUUUUUUUUUUUUUUUUUUUUUUUGGUUUUUUGAGACAGGGUUUCUCUGUGUAGCUUUGCGCCUUUCCUGGGACUCACUUGGUAGCCCAGGCUGGCCUCGAACUCACAGAGAUCCGCCUGGCUCUGCCUCCCGAGUGCUGGGAUUAAAGGCGUGUGCCACCACCGCCCGGCUUAGAAGUAUCUUAAUCAUAAUUUUAUUGUUCCAGAACCCACAAUAGCACAGUGCCUCCCUGUGCAGGGAAGGACUGAGCAGGGAGAGGGUCAGAGAAGUGUGGACGAACUGUUGAGAUCCUGCAGCUCUGCAGAAAUUCCUAUCAGGUGGCCAUGUCCUUUGCUCUUCCUGGGAAACCCUCCUGCCUUCACUACCAUUCAUUAGGAAGCAAUUUAUAAGCACCAAGGAUAAUAGGACAAGUGGCUAAUUAUAAAUCUACUCCAGAGACAUAUAAUCAUAUAGAUUACUCAUACAGUUUCUCAGUGCUGGUAUUCCACGUGUAAAUUGCAUUUUUGUGCAAACUUUGGGAUAUACUACGUUUUCUCCAUUUGUUCCUUAUUUAUCAUAGUACAAAGUUACAGAUAAGAUGUAAUUAUAUGUGUUCUUCAGAAAACUGUAUCAUUUUUAAAGUUACCUACUGACUCGAAUCCAACCAUCAAAAAUAAAAUGACUCUUAUUUUUGUGGAACCUGUCUUUCCCACCAGUGUCUUUUUCUGUUCUUGCAUUGUUAGUCUGGAAAACUACCCACUAUUCUUCAAUGAUUUCUUGGUGAACUGUAAUAUUGAACACCCUAUUUUCAUUAUAUUGAUCAUAAUCAUGAAUUCUUAGUAGGAAUUCAUUAUAGUGAUGGCUUUUAACAGUAAUUACCUACAAGCUGGGUGUGGUGGCGCACACCCUUAAUGCCAGCACUCAGGAGGGAGACACAGGCGUAUCUCUAUGAGUUAGAGGCCAGCCUGGUCUACAGAGUGAGUUCUAGGACAUCCAGAGCUACACUGAGACUGUGUCUAAGUAAAUACAUACAUACACAUAUACCAAUACUGUCAUGAACUAGUGAAAAUAGCAAUGUGUUUUAAUACUUGCUUACUUCUUAAAUUUCAUUCUAAGACAAUUUAAUGUGAAAAUACAAUGAAGUAUUUCUAAAAGUUAGAUGAUUAAAGUACAUUGUUAUAUAUGUUAGGUAGCCUAUAAUAUAAAGUUACUGCUAUUAUACAUACAUGGGAUCCUUGGAAAUAUAAAAUUAUUUUAAAAAUACAAUUAUAUUUCAAAUGACACUUUUUCUUUGGAAUGCUACAAAAAUGGAAUAAUUUUAGUUUUAGAGUAAAUGUAAUAUAGUCAUUACAAUUCUAAAUGUUGAAAGGCCCCUCUCACAAUGCAUAUCUAUUUACUGACUUUCAGUUGCUUAAUUUACUACUUCUGUAAUUUUUCUUUUUAAUAAUUUUCUCUUUAUCUUUAAAGGCAUUUUUCUGGCUUUAGAAGUAGACUGAAUUUUGUUGCUGCCAAAUGUGAGAAGGUGGUAGGAGGAGCUUGCCCUUCAAAGAGCAGGACUAAGGAGAUGUCUCAGUGGGCACAGGCACCUCUAGACCAGCCUGAUGAACUGAGGCGGUCCCUGGGAUGAUGUGUUCUCUCCUCCCUCUCUGUCUCUGUCUCUUUAUUUCUCUCUCUCUCUCUCUCUCUCUCUCUCUCUCUCUCUCUCUCACACACACACACACACACACACACACACACACACACACAAAGUAAAUGAAAUAUAAUUACAAUUUUUUUAGGGGUGAGGGAGGGUAGGGAAGGUUUUUAAAGAGGAGUGAAAAUUUGUUUAUUAAUUUAUGUUUUGAGAAGGAUGAGUGAGAAAAUGAUAGGAAUGUAGAAAACAUAAUCUGUCUUAAUCCUUUGUAAAGACAGACACAUAAUUUUUCCCGUGAGGAAAAAAACCCAUAUAACAUGUAUCAUGCUACUUAGCUUUUGUGCAGAUUUCAUGUCUCCUUUAUUAGGAAUAUUUAAAACCACAUUUAAAUAUAAAUAUAUUCAUAUUAACAUCUUUUUAAAGAAGAUAUGCUAAAAUUUAGCUCAGAUAACCUACAUGAGAUUUUUAUUUAAAUUUUAAAACAUUAUAAAGUAUGAAUAAAUUAUGAUUACUUAUCAGAGCUAAUUAUUUUGUAUAAUACAGAGAGUAGCUGAUGACUUCAUGCACUACCUGAUUAUUUUCUUAAACAUUAGCAUAAUUUCAAAUUGACUGAAAAAUUUUACUUUCAAAGUUAAUUUGAUAAUGAUAAAAAUAUGUUCCUACUUACAGUCAGAUUAUGAAAAUUAUUUUUUAAAGGGGAUUCAAGAAUAUAUUUAACCUGAUCCACAUAGUCAUGUCCCAGACAGCCAGGGCUAUGUAAAGAGACCCUGUCUCAAAACAUAUAUUUUUUCCAGCUUUUUCUAUUAUUCAUUUCUUACGUAAUAUGACGAAAGUCUUAAUUUAAAUUUUUAUGCCAUUAAGCUAUUUAGUAAUAUAUUCUAUAGUGUUCCCUCUCAAAAUGAGGUUUAUUUAUAAAAUUUAAGUAUUUCACAUGGCAUUUAAAAUAUAAGUACUAUAAAUGUAAUUCGGAACUAUACUGUAAACUAAUUAUACCUGUAUCAGUCUAUAAAAUCCUGCUUUGAAAUGUGCAAGCAGAAUAAAAUAGAAAUUGUUUUGUAAAUUGAUGACAAAGCAAUGUCACACGUAGUAUAACGUACCUCAGUCCAGUGUUACACGGCUCUGUGUGAUGUCAGGAAAAUGAGUUGCUCGACCUGCACUGUGAAGAACUCAGUAGGCAAAUUCUGGCAUAUGUUCAGUCUUUGUAAUUACCUAAAAUAAAGUGUAGCGAUUUUAGGAGAAAUUGUCUGUUCUUCUGAACGUCACAGGAGUGAACAGGUUCUUCAAACUUUUGAGUGUGACAAAAUGAUAAAGUGCUUAAUUUUUAGGGGUUCUAGCCAUAUGAUACUAAAACAGUGCUUCUCUUUAGCCUAACAUGCAUACUAGAGAUUGUUGGGUUGUUUUUUUAAGUUUACAAAUCACUAAAUUUCCACUGUGCACAGAUCCGCAAUGAAGACAGACCAGCAGACUUCCCAGUAGUUAGGGACACUCCUGGUAGCUAGAUGAGCCGAGGUAACUCAUAAAAGCAGGUGCUUUAUGGAAUUAUUCCCGCAGAGAUUUCCUUCCAAGGUUUUCCACAGUUGUGCAGGUGUUCAUCCUUCAGUCUGCUCUCCUCACUCCUGAGCUGCUGCUGAGGACCGCUGUUCACACCUCUUGGAGCGAGGUGUCCUUGUGACUGGUCUCCUGACUGACUGAGAGGUGUCCCUGUGAUGAGUGCUGGCCUCUGAGGACUACUCUAAGGAAAGUGGCAUGUGUUCUUUAUGGGCCCUUCUGUCUGGCUAAUGAGGUUGUGGAUAAACAUCUGUCCCCAGAGGGUCAAGGCAACACUCAGAGGCAGAAUCGAGGCUACUAGAAAACAGACAAGUCCCUGCUUCUUCCUGUGUUUAAACAAUUACAACUGAAUUUCUGUGUUCUGUGAAGUCUAAAUUGUAUCCUUUCCAGUUCUUUGUGACAAUAUUCAUUUAGCAUUCUUGAAUAGGUUAGACUGUAAUAAUUCUUACUUUUAAAAGAUUUUAAAGGAUAAUACACAAUUUACAUUAAAAUUAAUAUUCUAUUAUUAAUUAUACUUGUUUUUUGCCUUUAUCAUUAGCUAUUUUGUAUUGGUGUGUAUGAUUUUCUUUGUACAAAAUGUCCUUGUGUGUAUUCAUUUUUACUAAAGGCUUUGUCCUGUAAAAUAUUGUUAACAAAUUGUACACCAUGAUUUUAUGUCAUUCUCCUAGAUCUGCCUUAUAGACAUUUCAAUAAAAAGUAUUAUUUAAUGUUUUAA